AUGGAAUUCAAUUCAAAAGGAAAAUCCGAUCAGGCCAUUCUCCUCCUAAAGAAGAAAAAGAAGGAGAAGAAGAAGAAGACCUCAAAAGCUCCCCUUGUCUGUGGGAUAAAGGCCGAAGUCCUAGGCUUGGCAUGCAUGGCCCGAACUCUAGUAGAGGGUGCUGCAAUAAGGUGGCACAGUGGGGACUGGAGCGCUAAUCUAUUUUUAUUUCCCUUUCUUUCUUUCUCCUCCUUGCAAGCUAAGCUCAGCUUUGGCCAGAGAGAAGUAACCAUCCAGAAAGGACCGCUGUUUCGGGCUGCAGGCUACCCCAUCAGCAUUGGCUGCAAUGUCACUGGCCACCAGGGACCUGCUGAGCAGCAUUUCCAGUGGUCUGUUUACCUGCCCAAAGCCCCGACCCAAGAAGUCCAGAUCGUGAGCACCAAGGAUGCCACCUUCUCUUACGCGGUGUAUGCGCAGCGGGUGCGAAGCAGGGGGAUCUAUGUGGAGAGGGUCCGGGGCAACUCAGUCUUCCUGCACAUCUCAGAGCUCCAGCCGAAGGAUUCUGGCGAGUAUGAGUGUCACACGCCCAACACGGAUGAAAGAUACUACGGCAAUUACAGCGCGAAGACUAGGCUAAUUGUUAUUCCAGAUACCCUCUCUGCCACCAUGAGUCCCCAGACUCUCCAUAAGGAGGAAGGUGAAUCAUUAGAACUUACCUGUGAAGCAUCCAAAGCCACAGCUCAACAUACCCACCUCUCUGUCACCUGGUACCUGAUGCAGGAUGGAGAAAGAAACCAAACUACCAAGAUUAUUUCCCUCUCCAAAGAUUUCUUGUUGAUCCCUGGGUCCUCAUAUACAGAGAGGUUUGCGGCUGGUGACGUCCAGCUCAGCAAGCUUGGGGUAGCCACCUUCAGGCUGUCCAUAGGGAGGCUCCAGCCCUCAGAUCAAGGCCAGCUGUUCUGUGAGGCAACUGAAUGGAUUCAGGAUCCAGAUGAAACCUGGACUUUAAUCACAAGAAAGCGGACAGCUCAAACAGCUCUGAGGAUGCAACCAACAGUGAGAGAUUUUCAAGUCAACAUUUCAGCUGAGAGCACGUUUACUGCAGGGAAAUCCUUAGAACUGGUCUGCCUGGUCGUAGGCAGUGGCCGGGACCCACUGCUUCAGGGCGUUUGGUUCUUCAAUGGUAAUGAGAUGGCCCGCAUGGAUGCUGGCGGUGUUCUGGACCUGAAGGGAGACUACAGACAGAGAGCAAGUCAGGGACAGCUCCAGGUUUCAAAGUUAAGCCCCAAGGCUUUCUCUCUCAAGAUCUUCUCUGCGGGCCCCGAGGAUGAAGGCGUCUACAGAUGUGCUGUGGCGGAGAUGGCAAGAGCUCAGAUGGGCUCCUGGCAGGUGCUUCAGAGCAAGCGAUCACCAGACAGCCACGUGCAUCUGAGGAAGCCAGCAGAGUCGAGCUUAUGGGUGAAGCUGAUGAGCCGUCAACCCAAAGUGGAAUUAGCCAAGACCUUUGGCCUGUCCUGCAUAGUGGAGGCUGACUACGCCAACCUCAGGGUGCCACUCACCGUGACGUGGCAGUUCCAACCAGCAAGAUCUCAAGUCUUUCAUCCACUUGUUCGAAUCACCCAUAAUGGCACUAUUGAGUGGGGGGGUUUCCUAUCUCAGUUCCAAAAGAAGACAAAAGUUUUACAGUCCUCAUUUCAUUCUCAACUCCUAAUCCAUGAUGCCACCGAGGAAGAAGCAGGAGUUUAUCAGUGUAAAGUAGAAGUUUACGUCAGAAAUUCCCUAUGCACAAGCGGCCCCGUGAGGGCUUCUGCCAUCUCUCACUCACUGAUGAUAGCCAUCACUUUACCAGAGAGCAAGCUACAAGUGAACUCAAGCAGUCAAGUCCAAGAGAUCCUCAUCAACUCUAACACCAACAUAGAAUGUAACAUCUUGUCCCGGUCCACUGGAGACCUUCAGUUAGCUGUCAUUUGGUACUUCUCUCCCAGUUCCACUAAAGCAACCUGGCUGAAGAUCCUGCAAAUGGACAAAAACAAUGUUGUAAAAUAUGGGGAUGAAUUUCACACCCUACGGAGAAAACAAAAAUUCUACCCCGAGAAAGUUUCCCAAGACUUGUUUCAGCUACACGUUUUGAACAUGGAAGACAGUGAUCAGGGCAAAUACCACUGCGCUGUGGAGGAAUGGCUCUUGUCUACAAAUGGCACUUGGCUCAAGCUUGGAGAAAAGAAGUCAGGUCUGACAGAAUUGAAACUCAGGCCCACAGGAAGUACGGUACGUGUCUCCAAAGGGUACAGGACAGAAAAUGCUACUGAGCAUGGAGAGGUGGCCAUCCACUGCAGCCUGGAGAGUUCUGGCAGCUCAGCUUCCCUGUUCUCUGUGAUGUGGUACCGGAACAGGGAAAAUUCUGGAAGGAAGAUGCUGGUGCACUUGCAGCAUGAUGGCUUGUUGGAGUAUGGCGAAGAGGGGUUCAGGAGGCAUCUGCACUGUUACCGUUCAUCCCCUACAGACUUUGUCCUGAAGCUUCAUCGGGUAGAGAUGGAGGAUGCUGGGCUCUACUGGUGCAGGGUGACAGAGUGGCAGCUGCAUGGCAGUCCAAGCAAGUGGGUCAACCAAGCAUCAGAUGAGUCACAGCAUAUGGUGCUCAUGGUGCUGCCUUCAGAGCCCACAUUUCCUUCCAGGAUCUGCUCAUCAACAUCUUUACUCUAUUUCCUAUUGGUCUUCCCCUGCAUUCUGUUGAUUCUUCUGCCCAUUUCCCUCCUCUGCUGGUACCACAAGGCCAGGAAGUUGUCAGCACUGAGUCUAAAAGCACAGAAUGAAAAGGCUCUCUGGGUGAACUUGAAAGGGGCUGGUGACUGGACAACAAACCGGAAGGAAGAGGAAGAGGAAGACGAUUGAAUCUGGAGAGCUUCCAGCAGCCCUGGGGAAAGUGCGGGCUUUGGAAUCAGACUGAGCUGCAUGUGAAUGUGAAUGAAUCCUGAUCCGGUCCUUCUUGGCGUCUGUGGCCUUAGGCAAGUUAGCUAGGAAUCAGAGGGAAUAUUUAUUGAGCUAGACGCUCACUGGGCGUCACUAGGGGCCCCACACUGCUAAGUGUCUCUUCGUUGUAUUACCCUCAUCUACCCCUUGCAUCUUCCCAGGAGCUAGAUGAUUUACCCUGUUUUUCACUGGCCCUACCUCACAGAGGUUCAGGGUCCCUGUCUGUAAGGAGAGAACUUCCCUCACACAGCCUCUUGGGUAUUCGGUGAGAUCGUAUGGCGAAGCCCAGGGUGAGAAUGCCCUCUACUCUCUCCUCCCUUAUGUCACUGACUCCCGGGAGAGCACUCCAAGUGGUCCAGUCACACUGGCUCUAGGUUCAUCUUUUGCCCCCAGGUAAGAGGUGUAGGAAGGGGCCUGAUGUCAGCAAGGCGAAAAGAUGUUGGGGAUAUGCUCUUCGUUCACAUCUGAUCUGCCUCCCAACGUGAGAGUGACUUCCUUCAAAGUAGAAAUCCCAUCUUUCCCUCAUCCCAUCUAUAAAUGCUACUCAAGAACAAGCUCUGCAUAGAGGGUGCCUGAUCCAUAUUGGCCCUUUGAUGAAAUUGUAAAGCAUUUUGUAGUCUGAGUUUCUUUUUUUCUUUCCCUUUCCCUUUCCCUUUUACUUCCUUCCUUUUUUCCUUUCGCUUUCUUUUCUCUAUUAGCAUUAGGUCAUUGCUAAGGAAGAACUUUUUUUUUUUUUUUUAACAACAGUGCUCUAAUCAGCCCCUAAGGCCUCAUACCUCCCCUUUCUCCCCACGCCAGAAGAUCCAUCUGGGUCCUGGCUCUGAGCCAGUGCCUUAUUUUCUUUGACCUGACAGCAUUAGGUAGCAGCACAGGGCAUUGUGGUGGUUCUCUGGGGGAGGAGGAGGAACAGUGCCCCUGUCCCGUCCUCCCCCAGCAGGGGCUAGGAGCUCAGGGGAAGCAGUGGGUCAAGUCUGGUUCCUCAGGGUCCCCUAUUCUCAGCCAGGAACGGUCGGGGGAGGGGGAUGGUUGGGGAGCAUCAUGGCUUAAGGCUUUCAGCAACUGUCCCCCAGGAUAUAACAAGUGUUCCCACUGGGCCUGAGGCCUCCUCAUCUUUGUUUCAAAAGCUGCUCGGGCCCUGUUGUAGCCAGAAUUGGAAAUCAAUCAGUACCACCUAACAGACUUGAGAAGAUGCAUCUAUUUAUUAUCUAUGUGACCAACAGGGUUGCUUUAACACUCGCUGAUUUGCAUUUCCAAGGAGAGCAAUUUAUUUUUAAUUAUUUUAUCAAGCACACACGUCUCUCCAAACAUAAUUAGUUCCUUUGCAGUGGGAGCAUUGGUGGCUAUGAGAACUCCCAGUGAAGAGCUAUAGGUCCCUUCCGCUCAUCUCCCUUUAUAGGCUCAUUUAAAAUAGCCCAAGUGUUUCCUUAAAUGUGUCAACACAUUAGUCUCUUCUCAGGUAGGGGUGGCAUAUUUUUCAGAAAACAAAGCUAAAGGUAACACUUGUUAGAAAGUAUGAUGUCCCCUGCCUUUUUUUCCGCCCCAAAACCUGUAUUUUAAUUAGGAUUUUAAAGGGAAAGGGAGCAGAAUCGAGCCCCGUCAGAUAAUCAGAGCGGAUUCUGAUGCUGCCCCCUGCCUGGGGUCCUCUUUCCCCUGACCCCGUCCCUCUCUCCUCACCUGGGUCCGGCCUUUCGGCUCAGAGCUCACUGGCCACUUCUUCCCGUUUGAAUCUGGCCCAGACAUGGCACAGAGCAGACACUGUAAUGUCCAAGUGCAUCGCCCGGAGCCGAGCACGGGAACGAUUCGAUUACUCCCCAGGGAACACCUCGUGCCCAGCCCCGGGAUCGGUGUGAGGGAUCCAGCGGGGACCCAGCCAGAUGCAGCUCCAGUCCGCUAGGGUCAUCAGCUUGUCCCUUCUGGCUUCUGGGCUCUCAGCACGCUAGGUGUCCUAAGAAGCCGUGUUGUGCUAUUUGGCCCGUCGUGAAUUUUUGGGCAGCUAAACCCCAAAGUCGUCUUUUCUCUUCUCUGAACUGAAUAAAAUUUGUGUUCACCCAAGUCGGUCGA